GUAGUAGCAAUCUGAGAAAAUUAUGUCUAUUUUAAUUUUCCCUCAAAUUCGAAACUCUUGAUCUUUUCUGAGAAAAGUUAAAUAAAAUUUAAAUUAAUUUAAAAAUUUUAAGUAAUGGCAAAAACGACAAAAGAGGACGACGGGGAAGAGGUUGAAGUUGUAACUUUCGAAUCCUUAUUCGAUGCCUACUCCAAUUUUGGCCCUAAUUCCGCCGAAGGGGAAGUGGGUAUACUUCUGUCUCAAGUGGAUUUAUGGAUGAAACAAGCAAAACUUAUCGAUGGCAAUGUGACAUUGACGGAUACUGGGAUGGUUUUCAAUAAAUUCAAAAAGCGCCGUAUUACUCUGCAAGAAUAUGAGCAAUUUUUAUUGGACUUAUGUGAGAGGAAAAAGUUGAACAUUGAAGACAUCAAAGGCAAAUUAUUUAACGCAGGAAUGCCAACACUUGCUCCAAAAAUUGCAUGAUCAAUUUUAGCUCCUUUAAUAUGUGUUUUUUUCUUUUAAAUAA